CCUCCAUGGCCAAUGACGAGGCUUUUUUGUGUCGUCAGCUCAAUUUCCUCGGUCAACACAGUGUAGCUGUAGCUGAAGUCAGUUGUCAAUUGUGAGUCGUAGCGAACACCAGUGUUUGUGUUAUAAAUAACUAUUGUUAAGAAAAUCUAGUCACAAAAUGGCCAUCCACAUCAAGGAUUCCGACGACCUGAAGUCCAGGCUCGCCGAGGCUGGAGAAAAGCUAGUGGUGAUCGACUUCAUGGCCACCUGGUGCGGACCUUGCAAGGUCAUUGGCCCUAAACUAGAGGAGAUCGCCAACGAGAUGGCCGAUUCACUUGUUGUUCUGAAGGUGGACGUUGACGAAUGUGAGGAUAUCGCCACAGAGUACAACAUCAACUCUAUGCCCACCUUUGUUUUCGUGAAGAGUUCCAAGAAGCUUGAAGAGUUCUCUGGCGCCAACGCCGACAAACUAAGAAACACCAUUCUUAAGCUUAAGUAAAUAAAUGCCGACCAAAUGCCCCAGGCGGGUGAAAUUUCUUAAAAAUAAUAUAUUUUUUGUUACCACAAAAUUUGGCAUUUAUGCUUCAAAAGAUUUAGUAUUUAUACGCAUUUACGAAACCCCAUAACAUCACAAAGUGUCUUAAAUGUUUUGCACAAGAGCCAUUGCGUUUGUCGAAUUUUUCAUUAAUUACGUUAAAGUAUUGUUACUUCAAUAAAUAUAUUUAAAUUUG